AUGCAAGCAAGAUCUUGGGUUGAUGAUUCAGGAAGUGACUUUGAAGCUGAAGGUGAUGAGCUAAAAUGUUCAGGUUCGAACGCUGGGCCAUCAUAUGAAUCCUUGCAGAGUGUGUUUGAUAAGAAGUCAUUUCGUCCAACCCUGAAUUAUAGCCGCCCAACCAGUGUGAACAUCUCCUUCACUCUCUAUGCAGUGCUUGGAGUGAAUGAAAAAUCUCAGAUCCUUACGACUUUUCUUUGGCUACGGCUGUUUUGGAACAAUGAGUUUUUAACCUGGACCCCAGCAAAAUGUGGAUCAGUUGAGAAAAUUUCAUUGCCAGUGGAGGACAUCUGGACCCCAGACAUAAUUGUCUAUGAGUUCAUAGAUGAGGAUAAGUCACAGCGGACCCCCUUCGUAUUUGUUAAUCACACUGGACGCGUGCGAUAUGACAGAAUGCUUAGAGUGGUCAGUUCAUGUAAUCUUGGCAUCUUCAACUUCCCAUUUGAUGUUCAGAACUGUUCUUUGACCUUUGGCUCAUACAUGCACACAGUGAGGGAUGUGCGCCUAGGGUUGGCCCUUCCUGUGGAACAAAUCCUUCAGAACUCUCUACAGUACUUGGAGACAAGCGGUGAAUGGGAGCUCCUUAGAAUUGAAGGCAAACCUGAUAUUCUGAAAUUUGGCAUUGAUGAAUGGGAUAUAAUUACAUUUUGGGUAGUGAUCAGACGUCGUUCUGUCCUCUAUGUGGUGAAUCUACUUAUCCCUAGUGCCUUCCUGAUGCUGAUUGACAUACUGAGCUUCUUCCUUCCACCACACAGUACUGACCGUGCAUCAUUCAAGAUGACCUUGCUUUUGGGAUACACUGUGUUCUUACUUAUAAUGAAUGACUUACUACCAAGCACAGCCAAUGGGACUCCACUGAUCGGCAUUUACUUCUCAGUCUGCCUUGCACUAUUAGUACUCAGUUUAUUGGAAACAGUAAUAAUCACCCAUGUGCUGCAUCGUGGGACUCUGCAGAGCGGCUUUGUGCCUUACUGGGUCAGAAGAUUUGUCCUGGGUUUUCUAGCCCAGCUGAUAUGUUACAGUGACCCAAAUGUUAAUAAUGGUAUCACAUCUUCCAAUGAACAUGUUCUGCCUCCAACUAAUGAAAAUCCAGCAAGACAGCCGCCACCCAGCUCCUGCCAUGAAAAAGUUGUCAACACAGAGCUAAAGGAGUUUGUCCCACCUGUCCUGGAGAUACUUCCCCCAGAGGCCUUGUGUCCUGGUGCAGAGAGACAACUCGCUCUUAUUAGCCAAAACUUGCGUAUGGUGAGAGAAAUGUUGGAGAGUAGGAACCAGCUACGUGCACAGGAAGAAGAGUGGAUUCAAGUCGGCUACAUCCUCGACUCAUUGUUGUAUCGUCUAUACCUGAUCUUCAUUGGAUCAUAUGCUAUUAUAAUCAUUAGUGUGUGGUGCGUUUGGUACAACAUGUAG